UUUUUACUGGUACAAUCAUGCGCCAGACAGAGAUAGAGAUGAUGGAGUGAACAGGAAAGAAAGCUAUAAAGAAGAAAUGAGAGAUCAGAUGAGAGGGGAAAGCACAGACGUGAGUGUGAUAUUAGAGGAAGAGAGGAAAGAAAGAGAGAGAAAAAUAGAAGCAAAGUAGGAGAUUAAGUGCGGGAGUCAGACGUUAACUCAAAAAGUCACAUGUGAGUCUGCAGCAGUGUUGCCAAGAUGAGGCUCUAUUUUUAGGGGAGGAAUGUACACAGAGGCCUCGUGGAAAGAGACCAUAACAACAAACAGCAUGCAAUGCGCUCCUACAAAGAGACAGCCCCCUUUGGAACAUACAGUCACACAGCAUCAACACGAGUGAAUAGAGGAACAAAGUACAGGAAAAUGUUGAGACAUCAGAUUUUCUGCUGAGAUCUUGCUUUGAAUACAGAGUGGGACCCCGAGAAAACACAAAGAAAGAGAAGAAGAACAGCAUGGACCAAUCAGCAAUCAAAGUCUUCCACUACAAAGACAAGGAGCAGUCCUCCAACCUGCUACUGCAGCUCAACAGACUGAGACAGGAGAACAUCCUGACAGAUGUGUCACUGUGUUCAGAUAACACAGAGAUCCCGUGUCACCGCAAUGUCCUGGUCUCCAGCAGCCCCUAUUUCAGAGCCAUGUUCUGCAAUAACUUCUUGGAAAAGCAGCAGACCCAGAUUAACUUGAAGGGAAUCACAUCAUCCAUUCUGAGCAGUAUCAUUGACUAUGUUUACACAGGACUCAUUAGUAUCAGCAUGGACAUUGUGCUGCCUUUAAUGCAGGCAGCAUCCAUGUUGCAAUAUGACCGCCUUUUUGAGGCCUGCUCAAGCUUCCUUCAGGAGCAACUAAGCAUUGACAACUGUUUGAGCAUGAUCAGACUCUCUGAGAUCAUGAAUUGUUGCAGUUUGAGAGACAAGGCAAAAGCAAUGGCCAUGAAGAGCUUCUCAGACGUAUCAACAUCUGAGGAACUGUGUGAGCUCUCCUUACCAGAGCUCAUGGGAUACCUGGAGGAUGAUAGUCUUUGUGCUGAGGAGGAGCAGGUCUUUGAGACACUUGUUGCUUGGAUCCACCAUGAUCCUUUAUCCCGGCGUGGUGCCAUCAGUGACCUUUUCAAGAAAGUUCGCCUUCGCUACAUCCAUCCCACCUACCUCUUUCAAUUCAUAGCCAACGACCCACUGAUCCAGUCUUCCACCCUCUGCACCGAGCUUGUAGAGUCUGUGAGACGCCUGAUGUUUUCUGUCAGCACAAAAUGCAACAGUGAUACGGCAGUUGACUUCAAACCUCUCUGGGUUGCACCUAGGCGCUACUCCUACCAUGACAUGUUGGUGGUGGUAGGAGGGCGGAAGAACAACGAGCAGACCUCAAGGGAGGCCCUUGUCUUUGACGAGAAGAGCGAAAAGUGGCAGUGGCUCGCCAAGUUGCCCAUUCGUCUAUACAAAGCCUCCUAUGUCGCCCUCCACAGUGUCUUGUAUGUUAUCGGAGGCUUGACUACAAACACAAAGUACAGCCAAGUCAGUACAACAGUCUACACCCUCUCUCUCAAGACCAACCAGUGGAGGACAGCGGAGCCAAUGCUGAAGCCACGCUUUGCCCACCAGAAUGUCUCCUACCUCCACUACAUCUUUGUCCUGGGAGGCCUUGGGUCUGACAAGCAACUGACAGACAGUGUGGAGAGGUACAACAGUAUGUUCAACCAAUGGGAGUCUAUGGCGCCCAUGCCUGAGGCUGUGUUGCACCCUGCAGUGGCUGCUACUAACCAGAGGAUCUAUGUGUUUGGAGGCGAGGACGCUAUGCAGAACCCAGUCAGAAUAAUACAGGUGUAUCACAUUGCCAGGAACAUGUGGUGUAAGAUGGAGAACAGAUCAGUGAAGAAUCUGUCUGCCCCUGCUGCCAUUAUGGAUGAUAAAAUCUACAUCAUUGGAGGAUACACCCGGAGAGUGAUCGCAUACGACACCAAAGCCAACCGGUUCAUCAAGUGUGCCAACCUGAAGGAGAGGAGAAUGCACCACUCUGCCACUGUUCUCAAUAACAAACUCUACAUCACCGGCGGACGUUACAUCAGCGGCCAUGACAUCAUCAUGGACUCGGACAAUUUCGAGUGCUAUGACCCAAAGACAGACACUUGGACAUCUAAGGGGUCUCUGCCAUAUAAACUGUUUGACCACGGUUCCCUGACUCUGACGCAUGUCUCAGAGACAUGGGCAAAAUCAUAGCUGAGGUCUGAUUUAUACUUGAAUGAAUAAUAAAUGAUAUUCACCUGAAAUCAGUUUAUUUGAAACAGAAUGAUUGUCAUUCGAGAUGUACUCAUGCAAAGAAAAUGACUAAUUGUAAAUACUGUGGUUUUGUUUUGUUAUGCUUUCAUCAGAGAUGUCGAUACAUAGAAUUAUGCAUACCUCAAAUAUUCAUGAAUAUAUAAGAAUCUUUAUACCUGAAAAUGUUCCUUUCAAUAUUUCAUGUAUUUUCUGUUUUUAACAACAAAACCUGAACCUUGAAAACAAGCCAUCCUGCUGUAUAGCCCCUUCUUAACCUGUCUGACUUCCCAAAGGGUGAACAAACUAUUUCUGGUCUGCUCUAAAUCAUGAGAUUUCACUUGUCAUGUUUAAAUCCUUGAGCUGUGUACUGUUUGAUGUAAGUCAAAGCCAUGUUCAGCUUUUAGCUCUGAACCUGCUGCUGUGUCCGGGGAACUUCUGGAUCACAAUUUGUUGCUUCACUGCAAAAUCAUGAUGAAAUUAUGUCAUAAUAUUGUUAUCAAAUAUUUCAUGCUGGAGUGCAAAACUAAAGAAAAGAAAUGUGUUAAAAAUUGGAGCUUUAGAUACAAACACGAGUGAAGUUUUUGUUUUAUAUGUAUGCUGAAAUGACAACUAACUUUUAUAUGACUGUUACAGUAUAUGAAACUGUGGCUAAAAGAAUAGCACCAAAUUCUGCAUUUAAUAAGACAAAGUUUUACCCUUUUGAAAUUGUUUUCUGAUGCUUUUGUACUUCUUUUUUGGUUUUAGCUCUUUUUGUUUACAAUAAAG